AUGCUGCGCUCGCGGCAGCUUCUUCGCUCCGCGUUUCGCGCUGCUGGCGCCGCCCUGGGCGGCACGGCUGGCGUGGUUGCGUGCCAGGUCGCGUACGUGCGCUUGAGCUUCCAGCUCCCGCCGGACGCCACUGGCCCAACUUCGGGCACUGCCUCGGCCGCGGCCCUGCGCAGCAGCGGCACCCGGCGCAACAUCAUCUUUCUCGGCGAUUCGCUCGUCACCGGCGUGGGCUGCGACGCAGAGGCGGGCGAAGGCCCGACGCUGCCCCGCCGUGUGGCCGAGCUGCUCUCUGGCCGGCUUGGCGUCGACGUGGGCUGGCUCGCCCUCGGCGAGACAGGGGCGGACGUGGGCACCCUCACCGAGCGGCUCAUGCCGCAAGUUGCGCGCUGCGGCGCGCAGGGCGAGCGGCUCAACCCGCACGCCUUCGCGGGCCGGCUGCGAGGCGUGGUCGAGGCGGUGCGCACCUCGGUGGGGGACGAGUGUGCCGUGCUGCUGCCCGGCGUGAGCGUCGAAGGCGUGCCUAGCUGCCCGCUUGCUCCACGCCAGCGGUGGCGAGAGCCGUGCAGACCCUCGCCUCGCUUCGCUGCAGGAGUGCCGCGCUUCGAGCCCUUCUGGCCGCUCUCCACCUGCAUCGCGCGCGCCGCGGGGAUGUGGGAGGAGCAGAAGCGCACCGUGGCGCACGAGAUGUCUGUCGCCGGUCAGCGGGUCGCGUUCUCCGCGCAGGCAGGCCGCCUACUGCCGACGCGCGACAUCUUCUGCCGGGACGGCAUGCACCCAAACGAUCGCGGCUACGCCAUCUGGGCCGAGCUCGUUGCCGAGGACCUGCUCUCUGCCAUGGCCCUCCCGCCUAAGGAUUCGGGCGAGGCGCCGCCGUGA